AUGCCACGACCAAAGACGACGACGACUCCUAGUUCAGUUGCACUCGAAAGGAACACUCCUCAGUUGAAGUCGAAGUCGUCGCUGCCAAGUGCAUUCCUUCCUUCUCAUCUUCCUGCUGCUUCCGGAAUGGCCAGAAACCUAGGAGGAUUACUGGCGCUGCUUUUCGCUGCUUCGAUCUGCGGAGCCGCAACGAUUACUGGCCCCGUCUCGGAUGCUCACCGUUCCGCCGCGUCGGAGCUCUUCGAUGGAUCAUUUUCAAGUUUAGAAGAGGCCUAUGAGGCCUUGAGAGUUUUUGAGAUUCUUGCAAUUGGAAAUAAGCCUGAUGUGAGCGCCACCACUUGCUCGAAAGUAGUGGAAAAUCUUGGGUCGUCAUCCCCUAAGAAGGAUUUGUUCUAUGCAUUGAAGGUUAAUGGCAUAUUAAAGUGCAAGGUUAAUGUGGAUGUUUUAAAGGAUGUUGUUGCGAGACUUAAAGCCACUGUUAAUGAUGCGAGCACUUUGGUUGACAUGUACUAUUCAAUAGGAAGUUUAGUUCUUAUAAAGGAUCAGGCUUCUGAUGUUGAUGUGCUUCUUAGUGAUGCCGAUGGAACCUUCCAUUCAAUCAAGACUCUGAGCCAAAGUGAUGGGAGAUGGCGCUAUAGUUCUGAUAAUCCCGAAUCUAGUACCUAUGCUGCUGGGUUAGCGCUUGAAGCACUGGCUGGAGUGAUCUCGUUAGCAUCUUCUGAAAUUGAUCAGUCUGGGGUGAAUACAGUGAAAAAUGAUAUACUGAAGCUUUUUGACAGCAUUGAGAAAUAUGACGAUGGAACCUUCUAUUUUGAUGAAAAAUUUGUUGGUGGACGAGAGCAUCAUGGUUCUCUUUCCACAACUUCAUCUGUUGUUCGUGGGGUUACAGCAUCUGCUGCUGUAAUUUCUGGAAAAGUAAAUCUUCCAGGGGAUAAAGUGUUGGGUUUAGCAAAAUUUUUCCUAGGCAUUGGAAUCCCAGGUGAUGCCAAGGACUUCUUCGAUCAAGUUGAAUCAUUAGCUCUUCUAGAGAACAGCAAGCAAGAUUUCCAUCCCAUUGGUACUAUCACUUCCUGA